AUGAACAAAAGGGAUACUCCAGUCUCAUGGCAUAAAGCCAAGAUACUAUCUGUUGAUGGCCAUACUUAUACUGUGAAAUAUGAUUGUUAUCCUGGGACGGAAAGUAAACUAAAUGUGGAACAGGUAUCAAGGAAGUUUAUAAGGCCAUGUCCACCUCUGUUGCAAGGUAUAGAGAAUUGUGUAGCUGGGGAUGUUUUGGAGGUAUUUCAUGGUAUUUCUUGGAAGCUUGCCACAAUUUUAAAGGUUUUACAUGGAUGCCAGUAUUUGGUAAGGCUGCUUGGGUGCCCCCAGGAAUUAAUCGUCAAAGGAACCAACACUAGGAUGAGACAAACAUGGCAUGAUGAUAAAUGGAUUGUAAUCCCAAAGGGUUCCAGAGGAUGCGAGGAUGAAAAGGCUAAUAAGCUAUCAAUUUCAAAUUGUGAUCAACAAUUUAAUGCAAGGGCUAAAAAUCAAACACCAAGAGAUUGCUUGAUCACUCAGAAUGAUUCUAAAUUUAGGGAAACUCCUUUAGUCUCUUCAAGGUCCUUGAAGAGGAUGUCUCCCUACUGCUCGUCUAUCGUUGAAGUGCAUAAUGGACAUGCCCAGAAAAUAAGAGCAAUUGAUAAAGAUGAUAGGAGGCAUAGAGUGGUUGCUUCCCCCGCACUUGAAAAGGUAGAUGCUGUUGCUUACCCAAGAGAAAUUCUGGGUGAGAAAUACAUGCAUGCAUCCUUUAAAAAUAGAUUUAAUGGAUUUAAUCAAAUGGAGAAAGCCGAACAAAAUAAUCUUCUUGGCAGUUCUAGAGUUAGAAGCUCAGAAUAUAAUCAUUGUGACAGUGAUGCAUGUUCUGUUGGUAGUUGUAGUGUUAAUGAUCAAAAUCCAAACAACUGUGCUAGUCAUUUUAUACCACUCUUUCGCCAAGUGUCUAAUAACGUUUGUAGUGAUGCAGAGUCUUGUUCUGAUCCCGUCGAGGUAAAAAAUUGUCCGCUUCCUCCAAAAGAGGAAGUAGAUGCUAGUAUCCAUUGCUUAGAGUUGCAUGCUUAUCGCUGCACUCUGGAAGCAUUGUAUGCAUCUGGUCCCUUAAGUUGGGAACACGAAGCUUUGUUGACAAAUCUUCGUAUUGCACUCCAUAUAUCAAAUGAUGAACAUUUGAUGGAGCUGAAGUACCUCAUUUCUGCUAAAACUGGGCCACAGAAAAUCAUCAUUUGCUUUCAAAGGCUUAAAGAUAAUGCCAGGGUUUGCCGUCUCUCUUGUGGCAUAAACUACUGGGCAAUACAGUCCAUGAAAGCUGUCCGACGACCCCUGGGAAAGUUUGUCAUUCGCGGACGUCUGCAUCUGCCUCUCCCUUUCAGAUGA